AUGGGUGAACAACCUUCGAACAAGUGGAUAAAUAUUGAAGAAAAAGCCCCAACUCCGGAGAACAUCCAACGAAUUAUCAUCUGUUACUUAUUGGAGUUCACGUCUGCUAUAGAUGAACACCGGCCAAAAAAGAGCGUCGAAGAUCGAGGAAAAAGAAAUCUUGAACGCCAAGUAUCUCACCAUUAUUCAUCUCUUCCAAACUACCGUUUAGAAAGAAGAAUUUCAUCUGGUCCUCACUAUCAAAAUCCACAGUUCUAUUCCCGACCAUACAAUAAAGGUAGACCACAAUCUUAUCCCAUUCCUCCUUAUGCAGUUCAAAUGGAACCUCUUGUCCAUUAUUCUCAAAGAGAUCCUUUGUAUGAUACUAACAUUUUGUCCCUAGAUCCAAAGAACGGAGAUCUACUAACAGAAAAUAAUCAAGUCCAAGAAAACAUCGACAGAUAUGGAUACCAUAAGCCACGUGUCAUUGAAAGACCCGUGUAUAUCAAAGAACCAGAGCCUAUCAUCGAAAUUAUCAUCAAAGAGUCUAAUGUGUCAUUACCGGCGCCACCUACAGCUCCUCCACCACCGAAAAAAAAGAAAGAACAAGUACAGGUAUUUUACGUCAAGUACCAGAAAAACCCACAUGGAUCAGGAAAAGACAGCAUUUUAUACGAUAAACCAGUACCUGCCAUUUCACCUCAUAUUCCUGAUGAUGAACCCGAAGAAACACCGAUUCCUCAAUACCAACAGAGCGUAACUGCACCUCCACCUCCUAGUACUACUCUUAGAACUAUUAUUAAGCCCGAUUCUGAGGUUUAUCAUAGUCCAAGUGGGGUUAAAGUCACAUUCGGUAAAGAAGGAUUUGAUUACGAUAAAAGAUCUAGUAAACCUGAGGAUUACGUUCCUUUACGAUCUGCCGCCCCACAAGGAAGACAACUAACAUCCUUUUCAAAUACUUAUUUUAAGAGUCCUACUAGUAACAGUUUUCCAACUGUACCACACGGCUUGAGCUCAAACCUGAGACAACCACAGCCUUACAGAACCAUUAAUCUUCCUUCCAGUUAUAAACCAUUCGGAAGGCAAUCUGGACCGUCUGCACCGCAACAGAUUCCAAGUUUCUCAUUCCAAAAUUCUCAAUUUGGAGCACAAUUCAGUAGUUUCUCUCAACCCACCCCAUCCAAAUUUGAGCAUUCCGUUUCGCACCCUGCUCCUGCUAGAUUCCAGGCUCCAUCAAAACCAAAUCUUCCUCAAAAUAGACAACCUGUACCUUAUAAACCGUUCGAUAAUCUGCAACCACAGCAGAAUCUUCCACAAACAUCUGCACUACAUCAACCCAUACAAUUAAGACCUGAGACUCAUUUCCCAAUACAACAACAAUUACCUCUACAUGAAGAAACUCGAAACUUCAACUCCCAGAGAUUCAAUCAUUUGAAUAGUGGAGAAAUAUCAGCUCGACAACCUAUCUCACAACUCCAGAUUCCACAACAAUAUCAACAACUGCCAAAAAAUCUACCACAAGCAAACUUCCGCCUACCUCAGCAAGAUCACUUGACUCAAACUUUUCAACAAACUAGACCAGACCAUCAACUAAACGUCUACAGACCUCAAAAGAAUAUACAACCUCAAAUAAACUACCAAAUUAAAAAUCCCGCUCCGGCUGCUACUCCAUCGCAAUUCCAACAUCCUCAAUCUAAUCCUCCUGAACAUUUCCAUGCUCCUCAUCAACAUAAUUUCUUUUCUCAGCAAAAUGCUCCUCCUCAAACAUCACCAUUUAAUAUUCAAAGAAGUCCACAACAGCAACAAAAUUUCGUUACUCAAUCACCUCAUCAACAAAAUGAGCACGUUAAAGAUAUAUCAGCAGCUCAAAGUAUUUUACCACCUGGUGGUCAACUGAUUCCAUCAGUAUCCAAAUACGAAACACAUAUUUCUUCGAUCGAACCAGCUCCUUCACAAAGACUAUCGCCACAACAAUAUCAACAAAAAAUUAUACAGCAAUUCAAUCAAGACAAUUUACCCCAAAAAGAAACGAAUCGGGAGUUGUUGGGCAGUAACGAACUACUUACCAGACAACAAAGUUCUGGAUUACCACAUAACAAUCAAGCGUUCCGUACUUAUCAACAAAGCAAUUCGGGACAACAAAAUACUAUACAUCAACAAUAUUUCUCUCAACAACAAAAUAAAAACCCACAACCGAAUCAAAACGAAAACUAUAAUCAGUAUUUUAGAAAUACUCAAUUGGCAGAGACCUCACAACCUCAACAAAGUAGUCGAAACAAGGACAACCAAUUCAAUGGACGACCAGAAGAGCAAAUAAGGCAGUUCUACCAGCAAAGUUCCGAUUUUGGGCAGGGUGCAAGAGGUAAUACUGUAAGCUACUCGCAGUCGAUUGGAAACGAAUAUCGAAUAGGAGACGUGAAAACAACAUCCAGAAACCCUUACCAAAGUACUACGCCAACAUCUACCACCACCACAACGACACCAAAGCCUCCUUCAACUACUACCAAGGAUCCAAAAAUUUUAGAAGCUCAACUUCCAGAUGAAGUACCUGAUGAUCUUAGGAAGCAACUGUUAUCUUCGGGUAUCUUGAAUCAUGCUGAUAUUUCAGUACUUGAUUACGAUAAAGUUGGAGAUAUUCCAUUAUCUGCUUUACCACCAGAUCAACUUGCCAACUUUUAUGGAGCAGGGGGCGCCGCUCAAUUAUCAGCCAGUGACCCAGUUCCUUCGGUGGUACGACAAGACGGUACAACAGUUGAAGAUCACGUGGAAUUCGAAGGCGACGAACCUGAAAUGGCUGCAUCGGAAUUAGUAGAAAAAAUAGUUGCAAGUCCGUUGGUGGCUGAGCCCUCUAGUCUCGAAAUGAAGGUGGUCCGGUACGAUCCAAGUACCGAUAACGGACAACAGGUGCAAGAAAAGUAUGUCGAAGAAGAAGCGGAUCAGGUGAAUCCGGUGGUAUUAAACGAUAACUCGUAUAACAGAUACCUUCCUUUGAAAAUUAACGGAACUCAAUUUCCAAUUCCUGAUGUACAAGAAUUGAAAGGAAAGAGAAUUUCUAGUGUGGUGGUUCUUGCUCCAAUAAGUUACGACUUUUCUGUCAAUCGAAAAUCAAGAGAAACAACCAGAGAGCUGUCGAAAAAGUCGAAUGAUAUCGAUUUAAUCGAAGGAACAAGUCUAAAGGAAUUGCUGAGGAACCCUUCUUCAGAUAAUUUUAGGAAAUUUCUUGAAACCGAAAACAGAACUAGCAGCGACAAACAAGCAGUUAUUUUAUUAGUAGCAGAUUCUGAUUCUGUGGACGGUCAAAAAGAAAUUUUCAUGUAUGACGUAGCAACACAAACCGUGAACAAAUUGGACGGAGAAUUAUCAUCUGCCUUUGUAGAAGCUGCUGAAGCGAAUUCUGAUGAUAGCGCUGAGGAUUUUGCCUCUUCGAAUAUUGUGGAAACGACUGUUCCGUUACAGCUUCAAAAAAGUGGACAAAGCUUUUCUGACUUCGAGAUGAGCGCAAGAAGCAACAUCGAAUCGAAGGUGCCAAUUAUAAAUAUAUCCCAAGAUGAGGACAUGGAAACACAAGCAUCAGAGCAACUAGGAAAUUUCGUUGAUAUAUCCGCAUAUUGA